CAAAGACCUCAUUUGCAUAGACAUUCUCAGUUUUCUUAUACGAACCCAGCAAUGCAGAGGUUAAAAUAUAUUUAUAGUACAAAGCGACAUCUUAAACGCCUACUUACUACUUCCAUCCUCUGAUAAAUAUCUAUUUGCAAAAUUAGAUCGGACAUGGAAAAGGAACUUGAUAUUUGUUCCUUUUACGAAUUUCUAGCUGCAGUAAAACAUGCCAAUUGUUCAGCAUCCUGAAAGUUAAUAAUAGUAAUAAAGCAUGAAAGUAAACCUAUUUUUCGUGCAGGAUUAAAUAUACAACUAAUACAAGUAAUUGUAAUAAAGUAAAGAAUCUGUACAAUAUUUUGAGAUCUUUUACUACAAAUAAAAAUGGCGAAGGUCAAUGCUUCUAUGACUAGAGAGGAUCUAAGCAAUGCUUUCACAAUGGAUGUACUUCCGGUGACUGUGCUUAUUUCCAUAGAAGCAUUCAUUGGUUUUUUCGGAAAUAUUAUCAUUCUGCUAGUUUACUAUAGUCGAUACAGACGGAUAAACUUUCGGUACUUUGUCUUGGCGCUUGCUAUUGUGGACAUAACAAGCUGCUGCACUACACUUCCGGGUGAAGUGUUUUCCCAAUUAAACUGGUACGACUAUCAGCAUGCAUGGAUAUGCAAAGUGAAAUCAUUUUUCAACAUUUACACUGCUUUGGGCUCAGCAUCUAUCUUGCUACUUUUGGCAAUUGACAGAUACAGAAAGAUUUGCCAUCCAUUUGAUUGGCAAAUUCGUUGCCCUGUUGCUCUCAGACUUUGUGGAGUUUGCUUGAUGGUAUCGGCGAUAGUGUCUAUUCCUGUUUUCAUACUUUGGGGUAAGCAGACGUACAGUUACAAGUACGAGGGAAAUAAUAUUACCGUCUCAGUUUGCGAAAAAUCGGAGGAGUAUGCAGAUACAAUAUAUCCAUUACUUUAUAUCUGUGGCGUUUAUCUCGUGCCUAUAACUUCAAUGAUACUUGCGGCCAUGUCUUUGAACUUUAUAACAGCGUGGCGGUUAUUUGGACAUCACUCAGUGAAAGCUGCAAGCAUUAAACAUCGUACAAUGAAAGCGGGUGUCGCUAGAACAUUGACAUCAGAAACAUCUGAUGAUGGUACAGACAAUGAUAGAGAAACAAAAACUACGGCUAGCGACAUGUCCGCGAUUGGGGAAGAACACAGAGCUGAAAACUUAAAAAAUGCAAAUGCCAAUAUCUACUUGUCUGCAAAAGGACAAGGUAAUCAAUCAUCUCAAUUCAAAGGAAACUCACCAGAAGAAGGUUACAUUGAUGGUGAUGACAAAAUAUCUGAAAACACUUCUACUGAUUAUUUCAGUAACGACGAAGAAUUUAUUGAUGAUUAUAACAGCGGAAAUGAACAAAUUGUGAACAGCUCCAAUGACCAAACAUCUUCGGACCAGGGCAGAUGUCCAUCUCGUAGGAGCAGACGAUCAAGAAUUCAAACGUCAAAGUUCCAGCGGAAAAGUAAGACGAUGAUAAUGCUAGUCUUGACAUCAUUAUUUGCCGUCACGAUGGUACUGUAUAUAAUUCUCACCAGUCUCGAAGCUAACCCUGCUGGCAUUUUGAAAGAUAUGUCUGAAUCGCAGCUGGUGGCGUUCUUCUUCUUCUGGCGUUUAUACUUCGUUAACUCCAUCGUAAAUCCGAUCUUGUACGGAUUUAUGGACCCUGGAUUUCGUUCCGGGUUUAUGUCUUACAUGCGGAGAAACAAGCAUUCUGUUACGAGCUCAACAUAACUCCUAUUUUCUUGUACAUGACUCGAACAUAAGUGGUGUUCCUUUUCUACCUGGAUUCGUCCUUUGUCAGCCACGAGAUACAAACAAAUAUAAGUGGAUGAUGGAAAGCAGGUUUCAUUCGAUGUUUAUGCACAUGCAUAGAAAUAAGCAGUAUGUUACGACCCAAUUGUAUAUACAUUUUGUAAUAUUUCAUGUGUAUUAGUUAAAAAAGCAAAAAAAAGUU